AUUGGCCAACUCAUCUAUUUAAAGAGGGGGGGGGGACCUCAAAGCUUCCAAGACCACACUUAGCUAUGGCAAUGCAAGUCACUUUUCUGGUUGCCCUUCUUCUACUCCCCAUUCAUCUCCUAAAUGCAAGAACUGUCAUAACUUCAUUCAAUCGAAGCAGCUUUCCUGAUGAUUUUGUAUUUGGAGCUUCCUCAGCUGCCUAUCAAUACGAAGGUGCAGCAUUUGAAGGUGGGAAAGGUCCAAGUAUCUGGGAUACAUUUACUCAUAAAUAUCCAGGGAAAAUCUUGAAUGGAAGUAAUGGUGAUGUAGCUGAAGACUUUUAUCAUCGAUACAAGGAUGAUGUCAAAUUGAUGAAGUUUAUUGGACUGGAUGCUUUCAGAUUUUCCAUCUCCUGGCCCAGAAUAUUGCCUCGUGGGAAGCUAAGCGGAGGUGUUAACAAGGAAGGCGUAGCUUUCUACAACAAUCUCAUCAAUGAGCUCAUAUCAAAUGGUAUAAAGCCCUUCGUGACAAUCUUCCAUUGGGACGUUCCCCAAGCACUUGAAGACGAGUACCACAGCUUUUUAAGCCCUCUCAUUGUGGAUGACUACUUAGAUUUUGUAGAGCUGUGUUUCAAGGAAUUUGGUGAUCGAGUGAAGCAUUGGAUUACCAUGAACGAGCCAUACAUUUUUAGUAAUGGAGGUUAUGAUGGGGGAACUCUGGCUCCCGGUCGCUGCUCUGCUUGGCUAAACAACGAUUGCCCAGCAGGAAAUUCAGCAACUGAGCCUUAUAUAGUCGGACACCAUAUGCUUCUUUGUCAUGCAGCAGCUGUAAAAUUAUACAGAGAAAAAUACCAGGCAAGUCAAAAAGGAGAGAUAGGGAUUACAUUGGUGUCGCACUGGAUAGUACCGUACUCUAGUAGCAAGCUUGACAUUCUUGCAACACAAAGAGCUCUUGAUUUUAUGUAUGGAUGGUUUAUACAUCCAUUGAUAUAUGGAGAUUAUCCUGCAAGCAUGCAUAAACUUGUUAAGAAUCGUUUGCCCAAAUUUACCCCGGAGCAAUCUAAGAUAAUCAAGGGUUCUUUCGACUUUCUUGGACUGAAUUAUUAUACAGAAAAAUAUGCAAUUAAUAUUGCCUCUCAGAAUAAUAUCAACGUUAGCAGCUCUACAGAUCCUCUAGUCAACCUCACUUCGGAAAGGAAUGGAAAGUUCCUAGGUGAUCCGACUGGAGACAGUUUCUUCUGUGCCUAUCCAAAGGGACUUCGAGAUCUUCUUGAAUACACCAAGAAAAAGUACAAUAAUCCAACAAUUUAUAUCACGGAGAAUGGGAUUGGCGAUGCAAAUAAUAGCACACGAAUAAAAAGUAUCAAGGAUUUCCAACGAGUUGAUUUCUACCAUCGCCAUCUUUUGGCUGUUCAAGAAGCCAUGAAAUUGGGAGUGAAUGUAAAGGGUUUCUUUGCUUGGUCAUUUCUUGACGAUUUCGAAUGGAGCUUCGGUUAUACCUUGAGGUUCGGUAUAUGCUAUGUGGAUUACGAAGAUGGACUGAAAAGAUAUCCCAAAAGCUCUGCCCUCUGGUUCAAGAAAUUUCUUCGCAAGUAAAAAGACAGCUACUUUGAUAUGAUGCACUUUUGAGUGGAUCCAGAAAUAGCUUGGGCAUUUCAGAAUAAAAUAUUUUUCCCAUAACUAUAUUGAAGAAGUAUUUCUUCUUUCCUCUUUUUGGGGGAAGCAAUCAGAAUGUGCAAAUAAAUAUCCAAUUGCAAUAUUAUCCUACUACUGGACUUACCAAA